CACACUUGCAGCACAGUUUGCAAUGAGCGCCGCCAACAACACCAAUCCUUCCCAGGAGGCGCCUUCCCCUCUCUUGGCCUUACCCGCUUCUUCAUCGUCCUCCACGGCCGAAACGAGCGCAGUUCCAAACGUGACUGUCGGAGGUACUUCUGUGGCUCUGGAACACCUGGGCCCGAUUGUCGUCCAGCCGGAUGGGUCACUGAUGCGCAUCACGGACUGGGCUACCAAGACUGAUCACGAAAAAGAAACGAUCUCGAGAGUGAUCGCCAAGCGAAACAAGACGCGGAUGGAGGCUUUGCAAGCCAGUCAAAACGCGGACCUUGACUAGAGAUUAGGUUUUCACCAACCAGCAUACGAUAAGGUGGCUUAACCCCACCCUCGUAACUAGUUACCGGUAAUAAAGGUAUGCAUGCAUUGGUAUGCAUUAAUGUGUAUCAAAAUGAAUAAUGCAUACAAGGCAGGUACGUAUUUGCUGCCAAUGCACGAAAGUACCAUUGACCUAGAGUCUUUGUACCCUUUUUCGAGCUUCAAUCUCCGCCGUGCAUCAUAGUUGCUGAAAUAUGGCGGCAGGAGUUCCU